AAUCUCAUGCAGAUGGAUCAUAUAUUGGAACUGAUAGUGAAACGCCUUCUGUUGCUCCAAAAUUUUUAUCACGAGGACAUUUGUAUAAAGUUAUUGUCGGUGAAACUAUCGAACUUCCAUGCAAAGUUCAAAAUUUAGGAUCUUUUGUGCUGUUAUGGAGAAAAGGAUCAUCAGUUUUAACAGCUGGACAUUUAAAAAUAACUAGAGAUGUUAGAUUUAAAAUAGUUGGCGAUUAUAACCUUCAAAUCAAUGGCGUAAAGACACAGGAUGCCGGUGACUAUAUUUGUCAACUAGGAGAUCAAGAAAAUAGAGAUCAAGUUCAUACGGUAGAAAUACUAGUUCCACCAACUCUUCGAGCCCUUCCACAUAAUGGACAAGUUACCGCUAGAAAGGGAAGUACUGUUACACUUGAAUGUAAAGCCUCCGGUAACCCUGUACCGACUAUUUUUUGGUUUAAAAAGGACAUGUUUUCUGGUCCUACACAUCUCUCAGAUAGCUCAACUUUAAUUCUUGAAAAUGUUGAUAGACACCAUGCUGGUAUAUACCAAUGUUCGGCAGAUAAUGGAGUAAAGGAAAGAGUUUCGAUGGAUAUUCAACUCACAAUAUUAUCGCCACCAGAAAUAACAGUGGAAAAGUCAUGGGUUCAUGCCGCUGAAGGCUAUGAUAUUGAGUUGGUAUGCGUUGUGCAUGGAGACGUUAAUUCAGAAAUGCUUUGGUAUCAGAAUUCCUUCCUUCUUGAUCAAACAGAUAGACGUUCCAUGUAUCCAAGAGACGACAGAUAUAGUCUUAUUAUAAGAAAUUUUCAGUCAUCAGAUUUUGGAAAUUAUAGUUGUGUUGCUGAUAACGCACUUGGGCGCACUAAAAAAUACAUUGAAGUUUCUGGACGACCUGGUCCGGCGGAUUUUAUAUCACCAGCAUUAAGCGGUUCAUUAGAUCACUAUAAUCUUACAUGGACUAUAGAAUCCAUUCCUCCACUUGAGGAAAUAAAACUUUUAUAUAGACGAUUACUGAUGAACGAAACCUAUCAACACCCUGGAAAAUGGCAUGAAUAUCACAUUAAACCUACUGCAGUGCGUACUGAUAGCACACAUUAUAUAAUGUCAUAUGUCAUAAAGAAUCUUGAACAUAAUGCAGUAUAUGAGGCAAUAGUGCAAGCUAGAAACAAAUACGGCUGGAAUGAGAUAAGCGAUAUUCAUCAAUUUUAUACUAGAAAUCACGAUUUGCUGCUUGAUCUAGAUAUGGAAUAUAAAAUGGGUAUAUCGAACGGAGUAAAUACUAAAAUAAGUCUUUUCAAACUUCUCUUAUGUUUCGUAUAUUUUACUCAAAAUUUGUUGUAUUUUUAAGAUAUUAAUUUAAUACUGUAAUUUAAAUAUAUAUACAUACAUAUAUUUUACUUUAAUUAUACAAUGUGCCUUACAUUAAGUAUUUAUUUGUAUUUUUUACGUUUAUUUUCACAAUCUCCAACCAAUUAUGUACAUACAAUAAUUUAGCCGAACGAUUAACAUAAAUAAGGAUUUUAUUCACAAAUAACAUUAAAAAAAGUAUUUCUGUUUUAAGGUUUUAACUAAUAUUUUUUAUUAAUAAUGCAGCCAGUAUUAGAAUAUUUUUCGUAUUAGGAGGGCUUCUAAUUGGUCACCAAGGGUAAAAAAAUUGUCACGAGAUAAUUUACAAAUUAACUGUAAUCCGGUUUUCAAGUUUCGAAAACUAACCAAAAAUCAAUAAAAAAUAUAGAUCUUUAGUUAAAAAAAAAUAUAUAUAUAUAUUGUAAUAAUUGAAGAAGGGCUUAUUGCAGUAAAUUGAUAAGCCAACCAUCAUCAUAUGAAAUUCGAUGUGCUUGUUUAGUUACUAAAAAUCAUAUCUAUUUACCCUAAGAAAAUUUUUAGCAUAUUAUGGUAAAGUGGCGAUAUAAGAGUCAUGCCUGUUCACAUUCAAAUUUAUAAACAAUGACAUAUUACUGUGUAUUUUAAACAAAGUUUGUUGUUUAAUUCAAAUUUUUUCCAUAAGAUACAAGAAUAUAUGUAUAUAAUUCAAACUAAAAACUUAAAAUUUAUAAUGAAACUUAAUUUUUAUCCGAUAACUAACAUAUAAUUUUAAGCAUACCCGGGUAUGUUGGGUAUUGAUGUACGAGGUAAAAGUAGAAAAUCGGUUAAACAAUUUGUAAGAAUUUUUAUUUCUUAAACUCGAUAUGGCACAUAUUUUUGAGUAUUUAUAUACCCUUUACCUUCAUGUAUAUAUAAAUUUGUCAUUCCGUUUGUAAUUUCCACAAUAUAGUUUUCCGACCCUAUAAAGUAUAUAUAUUCUGAAUCUUUAUAGUCGAUUAAGACAUGUCCAUCUGUCUGUCCGUCUAAUUGUCUGUUGAAAUCAAUUUUCUGAAGACCCCAGUUAAUUCUAUCAGACAUGCUUUCGAGAAGUUUGCUAUUUAAAAUUAGCAAAAUCCGUCCAUAAAUAACGGAGAUAUAAGAAAAAAAUCCGAGACAACCUCUGAAAAUUUCAUCAAAAAAAGAGAAUGUUAGUAUAUGAUUAAAAAAAAACAACAAGAUACGCUUAUUGAAAAAGCGUGUAUGUGGUUGUAUGUUGGUUUCAUUGCAUUGCGUAUUUUGUUGGUUUUUUGUGUUUUCGUUUGGCGUUAGAUUUGUUGUUGUAUGUUUUGCUAUUGCUAAAUUAAAGGUAGAGUAGGAAAAUAUGAAAUAAAUUGAAAUGUUUUAAAAUUAAACUAAUUUUAAACACACUGUGGUGAAGGGUAUAUAAGAUUCGGCAAAGGCGUAUAUUGAUCUCUUAGUUGUUUUAUGUUACUGUUAAGUAUAAUUACUAAGUAUAAUUUACUAAGAAAAAAUACUCGGUAGAUGUAAUUUUUUUAAAAUAAAAUUUCGUUUUUUAUUAUAGAAAAAGCUUUAAAUUUUAUUAAAUUAAAUACCCUAAAGCUUUUCUUACCCACUACCAUGAGAAAUCAGAAUCGAAAAUUUCAAUAAUAUUUCGGGCAUAUUUUUUACCUUUUGUAGCUUUUUUAAUAGUUUUAUUAUUUUAUAUGCUAAUAUUUAAAUGGACUUUUAUUGGAAAACAUUUGUUGGAAUAACAGUUAUCUUAAAAAAUUACAAAUAUGUUUUUUGGUAUUCCCAUAAAUAAAAACUAAUAUGUAUAUCAACACUUUCACGUCAAUAUUAAGAUAAUUCAUUAUUUUUUUAAUUAUUAAUUUUUAUGUACAAUAUUUUAAGUACAUAUAACAAGCCAGAGUGUUAUAUUCGGUUGUGCCGAAUCUUAAAUACCCUCCACACUCUUUUUUACACAAGAAAAUUUCAUGUAAAGAUUAUUAGUUUGCAAACGAUAAAAAGCCUAGUUAAUGGUGUAGUGUGUAUGACGUUGAACUAGGACAUGAGAGGAUAUAAUAGGUUCAAAUCCUGUUUGUUUGGAGAAUUCAUGAAAUUAUAUAUACCGUAGUUUUUGUAAAAAAAAAAAAAUCAAAAAUAGGCGAAAAAUCAAAAAUUUUUUCGAGGUUGUCUUAAAUUUUUACUCGAAGCUCUAGGACAAGAAUAAAUAUUUCGGGUGAAUUUCAGUAAAUUCUAGUGGCGUACUCCGUUUUGAAAAGUUGGGUCAAAAUCGGGAGAUAUUGGGUUUUAAAGUAUGAACAUCUAUGAGGUGAUUUUUUCUUUUUUUAAAUUUUGAAAAAAAAAAUUAGGUAUAGACAUACAAACUAAUUAUAAAUUAUUAUGGACUCUAGUUUCAUGUAUUUAUUUACUUUUCUAUGCGUGAGAGAUUUGUUUUUUAAAUUUAAAUAAUCAAAAAUCACCUCAGAAACAGUUUAAACUUUAAAAUACAAUAUCUCCCGAUUUUGACCCAACUUUUCAAAACGGAGUAUGUCACUAGAUUCUGCGACCAAAAAUAAAGUUUACGUUUUUCGGCGUUUUUCUGUGUCUUUUUGAAAGUGUUCUUGUAUUAUCAUCAGAAGAGUCAGUAAUAUGAUUUUUAUACAUUUGAACGUUUUUGUGUGUUUGUGUUAUCUGAAGGGCGAUAUUUAGAGUUAAAAUAUCCAAGUUUAUAGCUGUAUCAAAUGUGGGCUUUGUAUUAAAGCUAUGUCUUAUCAUGGACCAUUUUUUUAAAAAAUUUAAGUUGAACGAUUUUUGUGUAUGUAAAAAUUAGUUGUUUUGAAUUUUAUAUUGAUAUAAGCAUUA